AUGCAAAUCAAUCAUCCAGACGUGGAAUCUCUAUGGUCUUCUCAAAUCGAAGCUAUCUAUAGACCCGGAGAGAAACCACUUAAUUUGUAUGGAUAUGGCUGUCAUCUUGACGAACGCCACCUGCUAAAACCUGGGACAACAUCAACGUCCGCAGCAUUGCGGCCAUCGAAAAACAAGGACAAGUCUGAAAAAAUUAGUCCACUAUGUCAAUUGACACUCGAGUAA